GCCAGCCGCUCGCCGCAAAAAGACCCCUUUUCUUUGCUGUCGACAUCAUCGUCUUUAUCAGUUGCAUUUUUAAUUGUUUUUUCCUUUUCAUCUUGGCCUUUUAUUCUCGCGAUACAAACGUCCAACUAGAGUCUAUACUUUGCUCUCCGUAUACAUAAACAAUAAUCAUGUCGCGAGGUCUACGACUUCGAUUUCCCCGGCCGAGGACCUUCCUCGGCUUCAUGUCCCUCCAAACCGGCACCGAGCUCAUCGCCCUCUCGCUCGUCUUCAACCGCAUCACAGGCAUCUACGGCAUCCUCGCCCUCUUCACCGGCUUCCCGCUCUCCCUCCUGCAAAUCAGUCUCUACCUGCUCUCCGUCUUGGUCGUCGGCUCGCUGGCGUACCUGAUCCCCCACAUCCGACACCAAUCGCCCUUCCAGAACCUGGCGCUCGCUUUUCUCUAUGGCAUCGACACCCUCCUCAACUUUGCCUACGUCACCUUCUUCGCCACGACGUGGUACCUGACCCAGUUUCACGACCCGCAGGGCCCCGCUAGCAAGGGUGACAUUCCCGAGAGCGCGAGCCCGUCGAACGGCGAGGGCAACUACGAACACGAUAGUGCGCAGAAGCAUCAGCUGGAGAAGGCGGUGGGCGUGCAUGAGUCCGCGGCCAGCAUGUGCCUUGUGGUUGGGUUCACGCUGAUCCGGAUCUACUUUGCCCUGGUGGUCUGCGCGUAUGCCAGGGCAGUGGUGCAGAGAUAUGUGGACAUGAACAGCGGGUGGGCCGGUGGGCCCCUGGGUUCGGGAGAGGUGGUUGAUGAUGAUAAUGGCAAGGAGGAGGGACACGUUGCGGAUCCGUUUGUGGAGGGCGCGCCACUGGGUGAAGGGUGGCAGGGCAAGAUGGGCCGGAUGAUGGUCGGCUUUGGCAGGGGGUAUUGGUUGGGAGGGAGGAAGGAGGACGAGGAGUGGGCGAGGGAGAUUGGUGGGCGGUUGAAGGGUGGGAGAUACUCUAGGGUAUGAGCGGCCACCAGAGUUGAAAAGUGUUCCCGUUCGAUGGGACUUUGAAGACGUUUAAUCAUCAUCGAAGACGAGGAGACGGCAUAGCCAGCAAUCAUCCCAACAUACGACACAUCAUGCAUGGGCAUAGAAGAGAGGCAUUGGCGCGAAGACAGCCAUCCUCACAACGCAUUAUAAAGAGGAGGAUACUGCGACAGAACGCUUUGUUAUAGGGGACCAAUCUUUCCAUGAGGCGGCUUGCUAUUGUACAUUGAGACAUUUGGAUUUUUGUACUUGCAUCGCAUUUGUACAAACUUACCACGGACGGCUGGGGCACCACUAUAUCCAUGAUAUCUCUAUAUUUACCUUUCAAGGAUACCAGGGGGGAUUACGGCGCAAAGACAUAUUUGGGGGAAUUAGGCAACGGGUUGGUUUUUUUCUGAAUUGGUUUAUACGCCGUCAGCACCAGCAGGGAGAUGUUGGACGACGUAAUGAUAAUAAUGGAGGCUCGGGUCAUUUGGAGAUAUAUAGUGUAUACAUGAUAAGAUAGCUUCAUGCAAAUGUAAUCGACAUUUGUGAGAAGCAUAGAAAUGACACCAUAAUUCAAAGUCG